AUGCUAGCUGUGGUGGUGAUCCUCUUUGCCCUCCUGUGGAUGCCGUACCGCACCUUGGUGGUGGUCAACUCCUUCAUGGACCCUCCUUACCUGAACAUCUGGUUCGUCCUCUUCUGUAGGCUCUGCAUCUACCUGAACAGCGCCAUCAACCCCAUCAUUUACAAUGUGAUGUCUCAGAAGUUUAGAGCUGCCUUCAAAAAGCUAUGCAAAUGUGGGGGGAAGAGGACAGAGAUUGCCACUCAGUACAAUGCUCCUGUCUUCUACAGCACCAUGAAAGACUAUUCCCAUGACAGUUCUGAGCAUAACAUCACAGAACAAGAAGAUCUCAAUGGCUACCCAUCAUCAGCAAGGAGGAGUAAACCUUCCAAAUAA